UGUGCGUUAUAAGUACAUGUGACUAACGCGGACUCUCAGUCUACGCCAGUACGUAGAACGAGAACAAUGCAUAUAGUACUAACGUCCUUUCUGUGGCUGACUGUAUCAGUUCUGUUAGGGGCGGCGGUGAGAUGGAGUCAAGUCAGGAAGUACUGGAAGAAACGGAACGUGCCGCACGAUGCUCCCAAUCCUUUUAUGGGAAGCCUCACUUUCCUGCAGAGAGAGAAUCCUGCAACAUUCAUGAAGAAUUUAUACAAAAAGUUCUCCAGUCCGUACGUUGGUAUUUGGCUCUUCUGGCGUCCAGCGCUCGUCAUCAACUGUCCAGAUAUCGCUCGUCGAAUCCUGGUUAAAGACUUCGAUGUGUUCAGGAAUCGAUAUCUGCGAUCAGGCAAGACCGACCCUAUUGGAGCUCAUACACUUUUCCUUGUCGAUGAUCCAAUCUGGUCGUCAAUCAGAAGACGCUUAACAAUAGUGUUCACGGCAGCCAAGCUGAGGGCGUUAACUGGUUUGACCCAGAAUAAGGCAGCAGACCUGGUCUACCGUAUCAAGACUGAGAUGGAGAAGGGAGCAGUUGAAAAUCUAAGGAUAAUAUGCUCGGAUUACACUACAGACGUGAUAGGGGAAGCUGCAUUUGGCGUGGCCAGUGAGACCACGCGGACUGGAGACAGCAUUAUGAGAAGGGUGACGCGGGAGUUCAUGACCUUCAACGUGCAGCGAGGAUUCUCCUGGUCAAGCAUAUUCUUCUUCCCCGAGCUGGUUGAUAUUUUUGGAUUUUCAUUAUUCCCGAAACACACAACCGAAUUCUUGAGGCAAAUUUUGAGGUCCAUAAUAGAACAGCGCGGUGGACACAACAGGGAUAUUGGUGAACCCAGAGAUCUGCUGGAUGCUCUCUUCAAGAUACAGAAAGAAGGCAUGGCGUCUGGGGAAGAACUUUCCGAAGACCUGUUAUUAGCUCAAGCUGCCAUUUUCCUACUGGGUGGGUUCGACACGUCAGGAUCUGUAAUGACGUGGGCCAUCCUGGAAAUGAGUCAUAACCCUAAACUUCAGGAUAAACUAUACAAUGAGCUGAUGGAAGCGAAACAGAAGCUAGGAGGAAAAGAUUUCGAUCCCACAACUCUAGCAGAGUUACCGUUUCUAAACGCAGUUAUUAAAGAAACUUUAAGAAAAUUCCCACCUAUGGGCUGGCUUGAUCGAAUGGCGUCUAGAGAUUAUGUGGUAGAUGAUAACCUAACGAUUCCCGCGGGAUCUGUGGUCUACGUCAAUGCUAUCGGGUUACAUUGGGACCCUAAAUUCUUCCCUAAUCCAGAAAAGUUCGACCCCAAUAGAUUCAUGCCAGAAAACGAAGGAAAUAUCAAACCAUACACUUAUAUGCCUUUUGGAGAAGGACCUAGAAAUUGUAUAGGUUUCCGCUUCGGCUACCAGACGGUACGCUUCGGCUUGUCUGCCAUCUUCUCCAACUUUGAAGUCCGUCCCCUGCCCAACACGCCCCUUGCAGAUGACACAGAAGUAGAGAAGAAAGGGAUGUUUUUAAUGCCAGGACAACAGAUCUCUGUACAAUUUAUACCGAGGAAUAAUAAUAUUUCAUAAUUUUAUCGGUUAAGUUAAUUUUAUAAAGGAAUAUGUUAAGGUACCUAUUUAAUAAAAAAAUAACUCACAGUACAUAUUUAGAAAGUUAAAACGCAGUUUUAUGCGUUUUUAAGAUCAGUGUAAGUUAUAAAAAAAACAAAUCUAAUAAAACAGGUGAAGGGCUUUUUAUAUUUAUUUAAAGAUAAA